GUCGGACGUCCGUCAUGUGAAGAUGAAGCUCGCCGUGCCGCUUCCUCUCCUGGCGCUGCUCGCCGUCGCCGGGCCGAGCCGAGCCCGGGUCAGGACAUCCCUCCCGCAUUUGCCCGGCGCCUUCGGGAGCCUCCUCCCCAGACUCAGCCGCCCGGCCAACCACAGCCGCAUCUUCUACGCCGUGAUGUUCGACGCCGGCAGCACGGGGACCCGCGUCCACGUCUACACCUUCAUCCACGGCGACUCGGAGGAGCUGCCUAUUUUGGACAAUGAGAUGUUCCACUCCAUAAAGCCCGGGUUGUCAGCGUACGCCGACUCCCCCGAAAUGGCCGGACACACGGUGAGGAUGCUGCUGAAGGUGGCCAGGAAGACGGUGCCCCGCCUGGAGUGGAAGAGAACGCCGCUGGUCCUCAGAGCCACGGCCGGACUCCGGCUGCUCGCCGCAGAGAAAGCCCGGGUCCUCCUGGAGCAGGUUCAACGCGUGUUUGAUGAAUCUCCCUUUCUGGUCCCAGACGACAGCGUCAGCAUCAUGAACGGCACGUAUGAAGGCAUCCUGGCCUGGAUAUCUGUGAACUACCUGACAGGUCACCUGAAUGCACACACCAAGAAGACAGUGGGGAUCCUGGAUCUGGGAGGAGGAUCCACGCAGAUCACCUUCCUGCCAAAACUAAGGAAGACCAUUGAAAGGGUGCCAGUUGCUGAUUACGUUGCCAGAUUUGGCGUCUCCAACACAUCAUUCGAAUUGUACACUUACAGUUACCUCGGAAACGGACUGAUGGCGGCGCGGCUGGCCACGCUGGGCGCUUUGGGCGCAGAAGGGUCGGAGGGGCGAGUUUAUAAAAGUUCCUGCCUGCCCAACAAGUUCAGGGACGAAUGGAGUUUUGGAGGUGUGGCCUAUCGAGUGAGCGGCGACCCAGAUGGUGACGGCGGGUACAAGCGCUGCUACCAGGAGGUCCUGAAGGCGGUGGAGGGAGUGAUCCACCAGCCCUACGAGCUGGAGGACAGCAACGUCUUCUACGCCUUCUCCUAUUACUUUGACAGAGCUGUGGAUGCAGGCCUCAUCGAUGGGGUCCGAGGAGGAGCGCUGGAGGUCGGAGACUUCAAAAAGAGAGCGAAAGAAGUGUGCAGUAAGAUGAGCCGGUUUCCCUCCGCCAGUUCCUUCCUGUGCAUGGACUUGACCUACAUCACCUGUCUGCUGAAGGAUGGGUUCGGCUUCAAGGAGAGCACCCUGUUACAGUUGACCAAGAAAGUGAACAACGUGGAGGCCAGCUGGGCUCUGGGCGCCACGCUGGACCACUUCCACAACCUGAAAGUCCACUAAGGCUCAUUCGGCGCCGCUCCAUUAAACACGUGAUGACGGCAGCACUCGCCCCAUGAGUAAUUAUUCAUUUCUCUUUUUUUUUUUUUAUGCAAUUAUCCUCAAGUGUAAUAUAUCGAGCAGCAAGCGAGCGACGCGUCGUCGCGCUCGGAACACGUGAAGCGCCGGAGGGUCGAGUGAUUGUUCCCAAUAAACCGGUCGGUCAACGCGGCUUUGGGCCUCGCCGGGUUUAUAGAUUGCAUGAAAGGAUAUUUGAUAUUUCAUAAUUGUCCGGUAGCAUUUCAAUAAUUGGCGAUUUUAGAAAUAAGUGGGCCUUAUUUUUCCAUCAGACGAUAUCAGCCUCACCUCCAUGUUUGUUUACAUUGAUAAUGUACACAUAUUUUCAUAAACUUUAACAAAACCCG